AUGGCCAGUUGCAGUUACAGCCACCGCGACAGAGAUGAUGAGGUCACGGUAAAAAUCCGUGGCGCCGGGGAGUCCAAAAUCUUUAUCCGUGCGAAGUUGAAUACGAGUGUUCGGGAUUUCAAGUCAAUCGUUUCUCGGGAAUGUGGUGUUUCAGCUAAGCGUCUCAUCCACAAAGGCCGCGAAAUGAAGGACAAUCAAACCCUAAGCUGUUAUGGUCUAGAAGAUAAUCAAACUGUUUAUGUGGUUCGAGGUUCUGCACCUGAGGAUCCCAUUCUAGAUAGCGGACUUGAUAUAUUGCGUGAAGGGUUGCGAAAGAUUGUUGAUGAUGCUAUACUGGUUAGAUAUAUGUUCUACAUACCCGUUAUUCGGGAUUUAUUCAAUGAUCCGCAGAGUGUUUGCAACAUGCUCAUGCGUACGCAGGAUUUGAGUGAUAUUUUGGCUCAUAACCCAGAGGUGGCGUUCAUACUUAAUGAUCCUACAACCCUCCGUACGAUAUUGGACGCAGCACUAGACUUUAAUAUCAUGCAUGGGAUGAUCCGUGAGGCAAUGGACGAAGCCAAUAAUAUCAGACUUGGCAAUGUGUUCAAAGCAAUCCUGGCUGUGUGUUGCAGAGAAGAUAGAAAAAGAUCCGAUGGAUGGACAGGUGAGGGUGAAGUAACUUCUGUGGGGACAUUGGAGAAGCUGAUAGACAUGUUUCUUGAUCUUGCAACUCAUGCUGGUGUGAUUCCUCAAACUGCAAGCGCAACACCUCAAGCAGUUGGAAGAACGGCUGGUGUACUUGAUCUGGAGGGGUUGCCAGUGUCUAUACUAGCUAUUACAAAUUCUAGUGGGUUUCCGGAAAGCCCCAUGGUUGAUGAAGCGAUCCAACACAUGUUACGUAAUCCUCGAUUUCUGAUUCAGUUCUUUGGCUUCACCCCAAGGCUCAGGAGCGUGCUUGCUUCCAACCCUCGGAUUAGAAAUGUGAUGCUAAAUUCUGAGUUUUCUCAGCAGUUAGCUACCCGUCCGGUUGUGAAUGCACUCUUGAUUUAUCACAAUGUUCUAAAUACUGAGGCGUUCAUAGAUGAAAUAGCAGGUAGGGAUCAAAUAAGUGCUGGUGUGACAUUGCAGAGGCUAAUAUAUCUGUUUGGUAACCUCGCAAUAUGUGCUGGCAUGCUUCCAACUUUUCCUCGACGACCAGGUUGUGAAUACCAACACCAAUAUGGUACUCAACUCGCCCGCUUACAGGAAAUGGGCUUCUCCGAUACCCUACAAAACAUCCUAGCACUGAUUGUCGCUGCAGGCAACCUUCAACUUGCAGUCGAGUGCCUUCAACAUAUUCGAGUGCGCGAAGAUCGAGAAGCGAUUGGACUUGAGGAGGAGAGGGAAGGUGUGCUUUGUCGGGGAGACGCCCUCACGGUGCAUCUUGGCGUAGAUGAGAAUUGUGGUGUUUGGGUCGGAGGUGAAGUCUCCGAUGAGGGCGUUGUAGGUGUGGACAUCGGGGCGGCGAAUGCGGUUGAGGAUGGAGAGGGCGUAGGCGCGGGGUAA